AUGGACACACAAAAGAUUGCAAAUGCCGGAAUCAAGAGCAACAGACAGUUUGCAAGAAGAACUCAAGCACCACUGCACCUUGCAUGUGCAAAUGGACAUGCUGAUGUAGUUGCUUUGCUUGUUGAAAAUAAAUCAAACCCGAACAUUUGUGACAACGAAAACCGCUCUCCUUUGAUGAAGGCAGUGCAGUGUGAACAGGAGUGUUGUGUAGUUAUCUUACUAAGCCAUGAUGCUGAUCCUAAUCUGGUGGACAUUAAUGGAUACACUGCUCUGCAUCUUGCUGUCCUGAUCCCUAACGUCACUUUGGCAACGCAUUUGCUGGAGUACGGGGCACACAUAGAUGCCCGAGAUAAGAAUGGAUAUACUCCUCUGCUGUUAGCAGCUACUCGGAACCACCAAAAAAUGGCAAAAUAUCUUAUUAAAAAGGGUGCUGAUGUGAAUGCAAAGGACAAAAGUGGGAGUUGUUCUCAUCUAAUCACUGAACAUCAUACAAAAAAGAGACGUCGGUCAUCACGCUUUAAAUCAGGAGCGAUGAAAGAGAUGCCCAGUAGAUCAGACCAUUCUGCUGAAGUAAACUUGGGAUUUGGAGAACCAGCCAUGAAUAAAGAGAGCCGCAGCCCCAAUCAAUCGGAGCCGAGAACUGCUGUUUACUGUGGAGAUUAAAGUUCUGAGAUCUGUCACGGCGAUAAAUAUCGUGGAACAUCAGUGAUUGCACCUGUAGAAACAGAGGGAUAAAUCGUACAAUCUGAUCCCCUGUGAUUGAAUUAUCAGCAUCAUUCUGGUAGCCUGAUUCUGUCCCUGGAUUU